GACACAACCAAGGCACCAACCGUUGCUUCUCCUAUACCUCGUCGCUCACCACCAAGCGGUUCUGUCCGUGCCGCGUCGCCUUCAUUCACAGAGACGCGACUGGGAUCAAGCCCUCCACCAGAGCAUCGCCCCGUAUAUCCCGCUUCACCGGCCUACUCAUAUUCGAACCCGGUGCCAAAGGUCGGAAGCCCCCUUGUGCGUCCUUAUAUGCCCUAUAUGAUGGGCCAUAACGACCACGGUACAGGAUCUACUGUUGUUGCAAGCGUACCGCCGUCGACUGCCCCCAGUUUCACCACAGCUCUCCAUUCCCCCAUUAUGAGUGCUGCCGCUCUUCCUUCUUACGGGGGCGCUGUUCCCCCUUAUGGGGGUUACCAGCAUCAUCGCUCCGGAAGCAUAGCGUCUGGACGCGGCCCACUUGAUACGUUCUUCAAUUCACCUUAUCAGCCGGUGCGCGAGCCGUCCUUGAAGAAUGGACACGCGUCAGAGGCCGGAACAUUCGCUGCCGAGUUCGGUGAUACUUUCCAUCUCCUAAAUCGGAUACAAAGUGCAAUCCCUGACCUCGACCGAUUGCUGAAUGCCCAUAGGGAGACUCAAACGAAGCUGAAUGCGAGAGAAGCUGAAAUCAAGCAGCUAGAAGAUCGUCAUCAGGAAGAUCUGAUGCAUAAGGACUUCUAUGUUCAAGCCCUCAAGGACCAGAUGAAGAAGGCUGCCUCAGACAGUGCCGAAGAAUGUGGAAGACUGAACCAUUCGAUCAAGGAACUCAAGUCUGAGAUCGGCUAUCUCCGUGACAAGAAACAGACCCUUGAGGAGAACUUGGAGGCCACCCAGAAGGAAAAUGAUGAACUCUCUCAGACGAAAACGGAACUGCAAGCUGAGAUUGAGCAACUGAAUACCAACAUGAGGCAGGCACAGGAACACUAUGAGGUCGAACUCCAGACCCAGAGAGAAAAUGAACAAGCUUCCCUUGCAACUCAGAAGCAGGAGCUCACGGAUGCUUUCACGCAGAUGAGAGCCGAGGAUGAGAGGGCUGCAGCUGAGGCAUUGGAGAACCGCGAGAAGGAACUCCUUUUCCAGCAGCAGAAGAUGAAGGAACAGAUGGAGGCGGCCCGCGCUAAGGUGGAAAAGGAACACGAGGUCGCUAUGAACGAAAAGCAAGCUGAACUUGACUCAGUUGCAGCGGACCUUAAGUCAACUCAAGACGACCUGGCAGCAACGAAGGCGGAGUUGGAGUCGAAGAUCGCAGAGUUAGAGGCUACCCACACUGAGCUCGAGUCCACAAAGACCGAGCUUCAUGAGACGAAGACGGAGCUUGAUACUACUAGGACUGAACUUGACUCUACUAAGACUGAGCUUGGUGAGACGAAGGCCCAACUUGAGGCUACGCAGACUGAGCUCGACUCUACUAAGACCGAACUGGAUACAACUAAAACAGAGCUCGAGUCGACAAAGAAUGAACUUGAGUCAACAAAGAGUGACCUUGAGUCUACCAAGAGUGAACUUGAGACCACCAAGACUGAACUUGAAACCAAGAUCUCAGAGCUGGAAGCCACCACUGGAGAAUUGGAGGCAACUAAGGCUGAACUCGACUCUACUAAGACUGAACUUAGUGAGACAAAGGCCGAACUUGAUACUACAAAGACUGAGCUCGACUCCACUAAGACUGAGCUGGAUUCGACUAAAACUGAACUUGACUCCACGAAGAAUGAGCUUGAAUCAACAAAGAAUGACCUUGAGUCUACCAAGAGUGAACUUGAGACCACAAAGACCGAGCUCGAUUCCACUAGGACUGAGCUGGAUUCAACUAAAACUGAACUUGAAUCCACGGAGAAUGAGCUUGAAUCAACAAAGAGUGACCUCGAGUCUACUAAGACUGAACUUGCGACCAAAAUCUCAGAGUUGGAAGCCACCACUGGAGAACUGGAGUCAACUAAGGCUGAACUUGAAUCUACCAAAUCGCAAUUGGAAUCCACAACCGCAGAUUUGGAAUCAACUAAGGCUGACCUCGAAUCCACCAAGUCGACGUUGGAGACCACCAUUGCGGAGCUCGAGACCAAGAAGACCGAGUUGGCGGACAAGGAGAAACAGCUCCAGAGCGCUAUCGAGGAGAUGCGCUCUACCGUUGAUAAUAUGGACAAGGAACGCGAGCGUCUGAAGAAGACUCUCCACAGCCUUGGCGAAGCCACCGACUUGAAGAGCACAAAAGGAGACACAUUCUUUUUGGAAUGCUUCGGCAAGCUACAACAUCUUAUCAUCGACCUCUCUAAGAAACACUUCGGAUACCUUCCUAUUGAUCCGCCCAAAGACAUACUGGCGAAGAUCCCAUCGGAAUUGCCCUCAUUCCUGGACAAUACUCCUGCCUCAUGCGAGCUGCGCUCGGCCUACAUCCAACACGUCAUCUCGAAGACGCUCACCUAUCGUAUCUUCCAGCCUUUCUUGUUCACUCUCGGAAGAAGGUUCGACAAGGCAGACACAUUUUUCCAGUUGCUCUCUAUCGAUAUCCGACGCAAGUCGGUGAGACGUGAGGCUUUCUGGCGACAGCAGACACUCAAAGCAGCCUAUACAACGUCAGAUGCCAAACAGUCAAUCAAUGUCGUGGCGGCAGUGAUUGUCGAUGAAAUCAUUGAGCAGAUCCGACACUUCGCUGACCCUAAGAAACUGGACGACUUGCUCACUGGCGUCAGGAUGAUUGUGAAACUAGCUGCUGAGACCUGGAGACAUGCGCGCGUCGAACGAGAGCUAGUGACGGCUUCCAUGCCGGCUCCUUCUGCGGAGGGCGUCGCCAAUGAACACUGGGAUGAAUAUCCUUUUGGCAGGGACGAGAGCCGACCUCCGAGCAGGAGUUCUAUCCGUCAUGUUGUACUUAGAACUUUCCCUCGUAUCUUCCGUGAGGCCGCGCAUGAGGACUUUGCGGAAGAUGAGGAAAGGAGAAACUCCUGCGUGUAUAUGCCCGGAAUGGUUCUCUACUCUGACUCUCCUGUCGUGCUGUCCCGAAUUGACGAGCUGGCCAAGCGGUCGAGCGAUUCGCUUGAUGGUGUCAACCGUUCCCCCCGUGGCGUUUCAAGACGUUCUACUAGUCGGUCUCCAGCGAAACGAGUUCGAGCUUCGGUGUCACCUCCGGCUUGA